AUGUCCCCACGUAGAUCCACAGGCACACAGACCUUGAAGGACGUCUAUCGACUUGAUUGCAUGUCCAACAUCAACCAAGCGAAGACGGCGUCCACGUCGACAUUCGUGACGGCGCUCGUCUUCAAUGUCGCUGUCUUUGCCGCCGAACUUGUUGCUUUUACGAUUUUACGACCCUAUUUCAAGCGAAUCUAUGAAGCCCGCACAUUCAAUCCUAUACCCAGCAAACGCACACCGGCCUUGACGGGCAGCAUAUUCGCAUGGCCUAUCGCUGUCUUUAGAGCUGAUUACACCGACAUUCAAAGGGUGAACGGCAUGGAUGCCUACUUCUUCGUACGCUUUCUGCGUAUGAUCGUACGCAUCCUGUUUCCCAUAUGGCUUGUCUCUUGGGUUAUCCUCCUCCCCAUAACGUCCGUUGGCACACAUGUCGACAAUCACUCCGGCCUGGACAACUUCAUCUUCGGCAACGUCGCGCCGAACGUCCAGUCGAGACUGUGGGCACACCUGGUGCUCGCCUUCCUGUUUACCGGCUGGAUAUGGUACAACAUCAAGAUCGAGAUGCGGCACUUUGUCACCGCGCGUCAGCUGCACCUUGUCAGCCCGGAGCACUCGUCGUCCGCGCAGGCAAAUACUAUGCUUAUCACUGGUGUCCCGCAAAAGUACUUGUCCGAGAAGGCCUUGACGGACUUGUUCUCGCAUCUCCCGGGAGGGGUCCGAAAGGUGUGGCUCAAUCGUGAUCUGAAGGAGCUUCCAGAUGCAUACGACGACCGGCUCAAGGCGUGCAACAAGCUCGAGUCUGCAGAAACGUCUCUCCUUAACACUGCAACGAAACUACGGAACAAGAAGUUGAAGGCAGACGUUAAGGCCGCGAAGAAGUCCUCGGGUAAGGAAACAGACUCCGGCGCCGUAGAUCGUCGACCCAGCGAUGGUCGCCCUCUCACCGAGCCCAGUCUCCACACAGUCGACGCGGACGUGGACGCUGAGCGCGAUAUCACCCUGGCUGAGAAACUUGUCCCCGAGAAGAAACGCCCCACACACCGUUUGCCCGUCGGCCCCCUCCCCUUUUCCCUCCCUCUAAUAGGCAAGAAGGUCGACUCGAUCGAGUGGGCGCGAGAGGAGAUCGAGCGCACGAACCUUGAGCUCGAGAAGGGACGGCGCUCGCUGCACCAAGACAUCUCCCUGACGUCUGGCGGCGACAUGGGCGGCGAGCAGACAUACCCCCCGCUCAACUCCGCGUUCAUUCUAUUCAACAAGCAGAUCGCGGUGCACCUCGCGAAGGAGGCGCUGAUCCACCACGAGCCGUACCGGAUGGCGACGAAGUAUGUGGAGGUCGCACCGGACGAUGUGAUCUGGGGCAACCUCGGGCUGAAUCCGUAUGAGAAGAGCGUGCGGGAGGCGGUUAGCUGGGCGUUGACGAUUGGGUUGAUUAUCUUGUGGGCGUUCCCAGUUGCGUUUGUCGGUAUCGUGUCCAAUAUCCGCUCGGUGUGCCAGCAGGCGCACUGGCUGGCGUGGAUCUGCGCGUUGCCGAGCGUCAUCGUCGGUAUCAUCUCGGGUAUCCUGCCCACCGUCCUCUUGGCGGUCUUGAUGAUGCUCCUCCCUAUCGUCCUGCGGCUGCUCGCGCGCUUCCAGGGCAUCCCCACGUACUCGGGCUUGGAGCUGAGCUUGAUGUCGCGGUACUUCAUGUUCCAAGUUAUCCAUUCAUUUUUGAUUGUUACUAUAUCGUCCGGCAUUACCGCUGCUCUCCCUGGCCUUAUCAACAAUCCCGCCUCGAUACCCACCUUAUUAGCGCAGAACUUGCCAUCUGCUUCUAACUUCUUCCUCACCUACGUCCUGUUGCAAGGUCUCUCCGGGUCUGCCGCCGGAUUCCUGCAAGCUGUGCCUCUCGUUCUGUAUUAUGUCAAGCUUUAUAUUCUGGGAUCGACUCCUCGGUCUGUGUACAAUAUCAAGUAUGUCGGGAGGUCAGUCGCUUGGGGAACCUUGUUCCCUGGUACUACUCUCCUAGUUGUCGUUGCAUUCGGCUACAUGAUUAUAUCCCCCAUCAUCAACGGUCUCGCAUGCGCCUCGUUCUUCCUCUUCUACCUGGUGUACAAGUACCUCUUCCUGUGGGUCUUCGACCAGCCGCGGUCUAGGGACACCGGGGGCCUGUUCUUCCCGAAGGCGAUCCAGCACGUGUUCGUUGGCUUGUAUAUCCAGCAGGUGUGCCUGUGCGCGCUGUUCUUCCUUGCGCGCGAUGGGAGUAACAAGGCGAGCGCGGUGCCGGAGGGGGCGCUUAUGAUUGUGUUGAUUGUGUUUACGGUUUUCUUCCAUUAUACUAUCAACAGAUCGUACGGGCCGCUCAUCGAGGCGUUGCCCUUGACCCUCGUGGACAAAACCUUCGGCAUGCCCGAGCCUGAGCCCGUGGACGACGCGCAGGUGCGGAAGUCGAGCGGCACCGCCGUGCGCGAGAAACGCGGCAGCGUGUCGAGCUCGCGCAAGGGCAAGGCGGGCGCCGAACAGGAGCAGCGGGACAAUGCGUCGCAGUACGACGCGCACGAGGCGGAGCUGCAGCGGCGCCCUUCGGAGGAGGACAGCGGGCCGCGGGAGUUUGAGCAUCCGGCGACUGUGGAAGCGCAGAGGACGAUCUGGCUGCCGAGGGACGAGCUGGGGCUCGCGGAGGCGGAGGUGGCGGCGAAUCGUGAGCGGGGCAUUGAUGUGAGCUUGGAGGGGGCGGUGAUGGAUGGGAAGGGGCAUGUGGAUGUGAAUGCGCCCCCGCCGGAGGAGGCAAGGUUGUUGGCGGUGUAGAUUUAGGAUGGAUGGAUGGACGGAUUUAUAUGUUCAGAUUCUUUUAUUCCACUCUAGUUUCUCCCUUACUGUAUCCAUAGUUCGUGCGCUGCAGUGCGGUCAUUUUUUCUAAAAUGUUAGCUGUACCGUGUAGUUGUAAUGCGUGUAAUUUCAGUUGAAGUGCUACAUGAUACCCUUCAAAUUGGUUUCAUAGGCUCGGUAUCGCCACUCUGG